GCACGGAGUGGUUUUUCUUUAAACAGAAUUCUUAAGAAUUCGCUGUAUGGUCACAGUACCCUUUGCCUUCUAAAAAAUGGGUAAAGAAAUAAAGAAAAUCCUUUUCUUUUUGUCUUUUCUUGAUUUUAUAUAAAUAAAUAAGGUUAUGUUCACUAAAAGUUUUCAUAAAAUUAAACAGCAAAUAAAUUGCUCUAAUAUAAGAAGAAUAACGAUGUCAUCCCGGCAUUUUGAAAAGGUGUUAGAAGAUCUACAAGGGAACCCAUAUUAUGAAAAAUAUUCAGCUCGAAUUGCUGCCCUUCAGAAAACUUCCCCUGAAAAAUUCUUACAAAGAGUUGAACAACAGCAAAAUACGAAAGAGAAAGAAAAGAAGACUAAAUUUGCAUCAGUUGACACCAGGCAAUUUUCGUCUUCAUUAAACCCCAAAGAGUCAUUGAAGGAUAAUGCCCCUGUAAAAGAAAAUAAACUUGAAGAUAUAUUUAAGAUUGAUCUAGUAAAGGAUAAAGAUUCUGUUGAGAUACAAACUAUUUGGGAGGAAUACUAUAAAAGGAAGGAGGUGAUAUCAGCAACCAUUCCCAAAGAGGUGUAUACACAGUUACAGAUGAAUAUGAAAAAAUUUCCUACUUUUCUCUUUCCUCUGCCACGUUCGCAAGGAUAUGAAUUUAUUAUGUGCCAAAAUUUUGGUCAUACUGUUCAUUUUACACCACUUCUAGCCUAUCAGGUUCACAAAGAAAAUGCACCCGAGUGUCUCACUGUAAUACACUACACUGAAUUAGCUGACAAGGGUAUCAUACUUAUGAAGGGAGAAUAUGAUAAGAACGUACUCAAUGGAAAGGAGGCACAAUGUCUGGCCAACCAAUUUCAAAUUUAUUAUAAUGGCAAUGAUCAAAAUAAGCUUGAAAUGUUGGAAAAAUUCACUAAAAGACCAGAUGACUUUAAACACAUGGAAUUAAUUUCAGAGUUGGAAAACAUAACUUUAACAUAAGUAUUUCUAUUCAUUUAUGUUGUUAAAAAACAUCAUUUGCCACUUUUUUUGAAAAUGUAGGUAAGGGCAGUCAGUGAAAAGUGAAAAAUUCAUUCAAUUCUGUUUUAUUGCUAUAUGAAAAGAAAACACAAUAGAUUGUCUUAAAUGGUCUUUCUGUGUUGCUGCUGUACACAUUAAUAUUAUUGGAUGAAAUUGCAUAUAAUCUUUAAAUAAUAACUAUUUAAUUGGAUUGAUUAUACUUGGUUAUGCCAUUGCUAUGCAUUCAUUUUGGCAAAAUUGGGUAAUUGUUAGUUUAUUAAACUGUAUGUGAGUAAGUUUAACAUAUUUUAUUAGUGGCUAUAUUUGUGAAUAACAUUUGGUAUAAUUUAUUUGGCAUGUUCAUUCCUUUACCUUACCUUACAGCAGCAGCAAUAUUUUUGCAUGCACUGUAUAACAAAACAUGUUUAUUUAUGUUGUAGAAAUGAAAAAGAUAGAUAGACAUAGAAAUUAACCUAUAAUAGAAAAUAAAGUUUUAGUCCCUGUUAGCUAAUUUUUAUUUUUAAACCUUGACUCACCAAAUAUGGUAAGGUGUAACUAAAAUUUUAUUAAUUUAAUUUAUGUGGGAAGUAAUUAUACUCAGGUGUGUGAGAUAGUAGUGUGUGUAGAUUUUGUGACUCUGCAAAUGGAGAGUAUGAAUAAUCAGUUGUAUGUGUUGUAUCUUCAUCAGAAGUCUCUGUGUGAUCACUGUGACUCUCUUGCUGGAUACAUCCAAGUCUAAGGAAAUCCAUGGGAUUCUGAACAAAUGUUUCAGUCACUUUUAUUGUUAUAUCAUUGUUUUUAAUAAUAGAUAUAUCAUUCUCCAUUUCCUGUUCACAAUUUACAGCAUAGAUGUUUUGCAGAGCUUUUUUAGAUUUUUCAAUGAUAACAUCCUCAUUUAUAUGGUUUGAGAAAUUGGUUUUGAUGUACAGGGGAAUAGCAUCCAUAAGAUCAUCAUAUAAACAAUCCACAAAGUUCUCUUCUGAUCUGCUUGCUGUAGUAAAUGAGGAUACUCUAAGAUGGGUAGCUUCUUCAUUAACAGGGUUAUGUUUUUUGUUACUGUUUGUACAAGUAACAAAGCUAUCUGAGGAAUGGUCAUCAAUACUGUUGGGGUUUAAAUAGCCACUUCCUUUAAUAACAUGUUCAGAACUAUCGUGACAUGAUGUUGAUGAGCUAAGAAACUUAAUUUCAGCUUCAUUCUGAGAAUCGUAGGAUUUUUCUCCAUCACUUUGGCUUAAGUCGGGGUGCGUUUUUGUUGAUAUAACAGGCCUGGUAAUUGUUUCAGAUCGCACUGCUUUUGUGAACAUGUUGAUCUUGGAGAGAUCUCGUGUUAUACAUUUUUUAUUAUUAACACAGUUUUCUUUUCCAAUAUCUUUGAAUUUUAGUAACUUCAACGAAGUUGAAUCUUUGCGAGAUCUUCUUCUCAUUUCGUUCAGAUAUUUGCGAGUUUUUCGUUUUUUACUUUUGGCUCUAAGUAAAAAUGUUUCCAUUGAAUAUUUUCGCAAGGCAAGAAGAAGUAAUAACAAUUCCAGAUGCAAAUUAGCAAUAAACAACUGCAAUAUACUAGUAUACUCUAUGAACAACUGCGAGCAAGGUUCUAUCUUCCAAAUCAACACAAACAAUCUGUUUAUCUGUCAGACUUUUUUUUUAUUUAUUCUGCCUUUGCUCAGUCCUUUAGCCGAUCUGACAGAUUAUCACAUUUCAAUUUAAUUUUACCCUCCACACGGUCUCAGUUUACCCUAGGUUACGUGAAAAUUUUAAUAAAUACCCAAUUUUUUCCGAUCUUCCAUAAU